AUGGCAGACAGAAGUACUACCCUACACUACUCAGACUUCAACGACCCCUCCCUCGACACUUUCAUCGCCAAAACCAUGCGAGAAUUCCCCACCCCAGGCCUCGCCGUCCUCGUCAUCCACGGCGACCAGAUCAGAGCCAAAGGCUAUGGCUACUCCAACCUCCAAACCCGCACCCCAAUAACACCGUCAACCCUCUUCUUCACCGGCAGCACAACGAAGUCCUUCACGGCGUCCUUGGCCGCGCACCUUGUCGAAUCGCAAGACCAUCCUUCCAUAACCUGGGAGACACCCCUAGCGGAGAUGAUCCGGGACGAUUUCGUGCUGGACCAAACGACGCCGAGGGGACCGUGGGCGACGGCGACCGUGACGAUGGAGGACUGUCUGAGCCAUAGGACGGGAUUGCCGAGACAUGAUCUGGCGUGGGUGAAUGGGUUUGAGGAGAUUGGAGAGGUUGUGAGGAGGUUGAGAUAUCUCCCCUUGCACAGGGACAUGCGGACGAAAUUCGAGUACUCGAAUAAUCCCUACACGGCCGUCUCUUAUGCGAUCGAGAAAGUCCUGGAUUGUCCGUUCAAAGACUCCUUGAAGCAGCAUAUUUUCGAUCCGCUGGAGAUGCACGAUACCACGUAUGAUAUCGAAGAUGCCAGGAAGGUGGUCAAAGAGCACGAGAUCGACCUGGCUACUGGCUAUCUCUGGAACUCAGAGACUCACGACUAUGAGCAAGUCCCCUGGACCGACAUUCCUCCUUCGCGAGGGGCUGGCGGGAUCAUUUCGAAUGUGCUUGAUUACGCAAAAUGGGUGCGACACUUGAUGAAGCCGACCAACCUCAAUGCAGCUCUGAGCGAAAACGCCGUCAAAGCGAUCCGCACGCCAAAGAUGUUGAUUGAGCCCGAGAAGCCUUUCACGGGACCACAGGCGUAUGGCCUUGGCUUGUUUUCGCGAGUUUAUCAGGGCCGUGAAGUGAUCGAGCAUGCUGGUGCUAUUGCUGGAUACAUGGCUAAUAUGGUCAUGGUCCCUCCAAGUGCUACCGAAAUUGAGCGAGGGGAGAAGGAUAGCGGUUGGGCGGUGGUGACGAUGAUAAAUGCUUAUAGCGUGGCUCAAGAUGUGGUCUGCUGGCAUCUCCUGGAUGAGUUCCUAGGAACGCCGGGGAGCGAACGCUACGAUGUCGCCGAAGAAAUGCGCAAGAAGCAAGCCAAGGCGCAGGAAUCGCUCGAGCCUGACAAAGUCGUGGAGAAGCUGUUUGGAGCAUCGGCUCAGGACUCACACCUCGAACCAAGAUUGCCGAUCGCUGCGUACGAGGGUGUCUACGAACAUCCGGGAUAUCGACAAAUCCAGGUCUCCGCAAGACCAAUUCGAAUUUGGAAUUCCAGCGACACGCCAGAGCGCAGCGGAGCAACUGAGCAGGAUCGUGGCCAGAAUGAGACUCCACUCCUAUAUCUGGCGCCUCCAGCCUCGGCCAAGGCUUACAUAUCUCGGGUUGGAACCCUUCAUCACGUCAACGGUGAGCAUUGGUGGUCGCAUCAGACGACCGGGCCCAGCAGCUGGUUCAGCGACAAAGCCCUCAAAGUCCAGUUCGUGAUCGGUGCAAAUGGCAAGGUCGAACGGAUGAGGUACCAGGCCGAGCCAGAUAUGGCCGACGAGCUGGCCUUCUUCGAAAAGAUAGAGUGA